AUGUCCUCAUCUUGGUGGCAGUUUUUCCGCCGCUGGUUUGAAUCCUAUUCUCAAUUAGAUGUCAUUGUGAUGGGUUUGGCAAAUAGCGGCAAGACCAGCUUUGUCAACGCAGUUAUCGGGAAACCCUUCUCUCGAAACUCAAUCCCCACGUUUUCAGCAAUUACAACGACCAUCUACAAGCACAUCAACAAUAGCAACUACAAACUGAAGCUGAUAGAUCUUGGUGGACAAAAAAGGUUGCUACGAGCCGAAUGGCUCAAGUACUACAGGAGUGCCGACUCCAUCAAGCCAUCGUUCUGUUGCCAUAACAUAACUCCAUUCAACAAGGAUAUCCAGGCGUUGGUGUUUGUCAUUGACGUUAGUGAUAAGUUCAGCUUGCCGGCGGCUAGAAAGUUAUUCAGAGAGGUACUAUUUGAUACUGAGGCCGACCAAACUCCCAUGGUUGUCAUCGGCAAUAAGAUCGACGAAGUGACUGAAAAUUCAACGUUUCUAGGCGUCAAGCUAUCAGAUAUCCAGGCCUCACAAUCUAGUACCAAAAAUAGAAAUUUUUUAGGUAAGUUUUACUCCAAUAGGGACCAAAUUCCUGAUUACUUAGCAGAUGCCCAGCCGGAAUCUAGCGGGUUCUCGAUUCGGUCAUCGAGAAGCAUAUCCUCACUGAGAAAACAGUUGUAUGGCAGAAUCAAUAUAUUCGCAGAGUUCUUGGGUCUUGAAUUACACCCGGAUAUGUCCAUAUCCGUGAAGUUGGACGAAUCCACUGCAACUACUACAAAUGCAUCAGAAUCUCUUCAACCCCUUACAAGAGAGCUAGAUCGGGAUUUCGCCAUUUUCCUAACCAGUAUCAAAGAAGGUGAUGAUAUACCUGACAUCAUAGACUGGAUACUUGGAGAAAUGGACUCAAGACCAUAA